AUGAUCAAGGCUAUUUUUCCAAAAGCUUUAGUUAUUCGGAUCAAUAUAGCUUUCUUGGCUUUGUUCUUGUUGGCUUAUGCAUUUCUCUUUCUCUGGCCUUCAUCAACUUCAGUCUACAAUGCGAGCCCUGCAUCUUUUGUUAGAUGUUCUUUGCGCGAAUGCCAUCAUAAGACGGAAAAUGGUAUCAAGAUGAAGGCAGUCCUGGAAGAGCCGCGCAACAGUCAAUUCAACAGCCCUGAAAGGAUUGUGGUGAAGAGGGAAAAACCGAGUUUCAUGAACGAAAUGGGGCGAGGGAUGAUGAUUGGGAUGGUGAAUAUGGAGGGUGAAGAUGUAAGUGAAUGGAACAUGCUUGGACAAGUUAUUCCCGUUUCUUUCGAGCCAGUUUCCGAGCUUUUUGAAUGGAAGGAUCUGUUCCCUGAGUGGAUUGAUGAGGAGGAAGAAAUUGAUGGUCCGUCCUGCCCAGAAAUACCAAUGCCGGAUUUUUAUAAAUAUGCUUCAGUGGAUAUGAUAGUAGCCAAGCUGCCGUGCAGAGUUCAAGAAGUAGGAUGGGGAAGGGAUGUGCUUAGGCUGCAGGUGCAUCUCAUAGCUGCCAAUUUAGCGGUUAAGAGAGGAAGAGGGAUUUGGAAUAGGAGGAUCAAAGUGGUGUUUUUGAGCAAAUGCAGGCCAAUGCCUGAUUUGUUUAGAUGUGAUGAUCUGCUGAGACAAGAAGGGGAUUGGUGGUAUUAUGAACCAGACUUGACAAGGUUGGCGCAGAAAGUUUCAUUGCCAGUUGGCUCCUGCAAUUUGGCUUUGCCUCUCUGGGGAAAAGGAAUCCACGAGGUGUACGACGUAUCCAAGAUUGGGAAAAAAAGCACCAGAACAAUCAAAAGAGAAGCCUAUGCUACGGUUCUCCAUUCCUCCGAAGCCUACGUUUGUGGAGCAAUAGCCCUAGCCCAGAGUCUCCUCCAAACCGGAACGAAACGCGACCUUAUCCUCCUCCUGGACAGGAGUAUAUCCAAACCCAAAAGGGAGGCCCUCGCAAAAGCCGGGUGGAAGUUCCGAUUCAUCAAGAGGAUCCGAAACCCGAGAGCCGAAAAGAACACCUAUAACGAAUACAAUUACAGUAAAUUCAGAUUAUGGCAGCUCGCUGAAUAUGACAAGAUCAUUUUCAUCGAUGCGGACAUUAUCGUCCUACGUAAUCUGGAUAUUCUCUUCCAUUUUCCUCAAAUUUCUGCUACGGGAAACGAUGGAUCCAUUUUCAAUUCGGGUAUCAUGGUGAUUGAGCCUUCAAAUUGCACGUUCAACAUGUUCAUGCAACGUACCAGAGAAAUUGUGUCGUACAACGGAGGCGACCAGGGAUUUUUGAAUGAAGUUUUUGUAUGGUGGCAUAGGUUGCCUAGAAGAGUUAAUUUCUUGAAGAAUUUUUGGUCGAAUUCUACGGUGGAGGCUGCAGUCAAGAAUCAGCUAUUGGGGGCAGAUCCACCUAAGCUGUAUUCCAUACAUUUUCUUGGAUUGAAGCCCUGGCUGUGCUACAGGGACUAUGAUUGUAACUGGGACCUUGAAAAUCAGCAUGUUUAUGCAAGUGAUGUUGCUCAUCGAAGAUGGUGGAAACUUCAUGAUGCCAUGGAUGAGGGCUUGCAGAAAUGUUGUGCAUUGCGGAAACAAAGGAAGAUUGACUUGGAAUGGGACAGGAAAUUGGCUCGGGAAAAGGGAUUAAAGGAUGGACAUUGGAGUAUGAAUGUUACUGAUCCCAGAAAAUAUACUACUUGAAUUGGUUUUGUAAUUUUUUUAAAACUUUUUUUUUUUUGCCUUUCUUCUAGUAUUUGUCUUCAUUUUUUUGUUAAUUUUUUUUAAUUAAAAUUGCGUAGGAUUUUG